UUGAAGCUAGAACUUCUUUCGACAUGGAAUUGUUUUUGUAGUUACACCGUUUCCGGUUCUUUCCACGUGGUGUUUGAUGUGGGAAUUAUGUCGGCCAGCAAAAUCUUCACGGGUUUCCGUGCUUUGGGUUAUGUCAGCAAUCAUGUACCAUUAGUAACCAGAUACCAGGAGAAGGUGAAAGAACAUUAUGUCAUAACCUGUGUCGGCAAGGCUUUUCAUACAUAUAAUUGUUCCAAGCUUGGGAUAUCUAAUAUCAGUGACACCCAUCCUGAUGAGAUCUCAUGCCUUGCUGCUAAUCAUCAUCAAGUAUUUACAGCCUGCCAAAAUAUUAUCUACUGCUUCCUACGGGGACAGCAGGUUAUUAGAAAAUAUAUAGGCCACAAAAGUGCUGUUCAUAUUUUACUGACAUUUUCUGCACAUUUGAUAUCUGUUGAUGAAGACAGCUUUGUACGAGUUUGGAAUAUCAAAAAUAAGGAACUUUACUUGGAAAUGUCUUUUGACAAUAAACAAUUUCAAGUUACUUCAGUGGUUCAUCCUGUCACAUACCUUAACAAAGUAUUAUUUGGAAGUGCACAAGGCACUCUACAACUGUGGAACUUAAAAUCAAAUAAACUUAUUUAUACAUUCCCUGGGUGGAAUUCCAAAGUUACCGUUCUUGAGCAGGCCCCUGCAGUUGAUGUCAUAGCAGUCGGCCUGGAGGAUGGUCGCAUUAUUGUACAUAAUAUCCGUUAUGAUGAGUCUGUGAUGAAGUUUACUCAAACCUGGGCUCCUGUUACCACUAUAUCCUUCCGAUCAGAUGGUCACCCUAUAAUGGUCAGUGGUAGUGCAUCUGGACAUAUGGCGGUGUGGGACCUUGAAGAAAACCGUAUCAAAUGUCAAGUACGUGAUGCUCAUCGUUCGUCUAUAACUGGGAUGUAUUGCUUGCCUUCUGAACCCUUAAUGGUAACCUCUUCAGGUGACAACACUCUCAAGAUCUGGAUUUUUGAUUUGCCUGAUGGAAGUCCUCGUUUACUGAGGAAGAGGGAGGGCCAUAGUUCACCACCACUCAAAAUACGCUAUUAUGGAGAAAAUGGUGAAAAUCUACUUAGUGCAGGUCUUGACAGUACUUUGCGAUCCUUCUCUCUUGUACAUGAUAAACACAAUAAAAGUUUGGGACAAGCAUCUUACUAUAAGAAAAAAUCUAAACGUGAAAAAUUAAAAGAUAAAUAUGUAAUGCCACCAAUCUUUGAUUUUGCUGCAGAGGUUCGGCGUGAGAGUGAUUGGGAUAACAUCGUGGCCUGUCAUCGAGGAAGCCAUUUGGUGACGACAUGGAGCUACCUGCGUUCCACCAUGGGUGACCGUAAAUUUGAUGUGUACAAACAAAGGAAAGAAGCCAAAGAUGAUGGUACAGAUAUAACAGCCACAAGUGUAGCAAUCACUUCAUGUGGUAAUUACUGCCUGCUUGGUUAUAGUUCUGGCCAUGUGGAUGUAUUCAACAUACAGUCUGGAAUUUACCGAGGAUCAUAUGGUGAAGAGAAAUGUCAUGUCUGUGCCGUGCAUGGCAUUGCUGUCGAUGCCAAUAACCAAAUCACUGUCACGGCUGGAGCCGAUGGAACACUGAAGUUCUGGAAGUUCAAGUCAAAACAACUUUUAAAAGAAUUGAAACUCGACAGCUAUAUUGCCAAAAUUUUACUUCAUCGUGAAAGUUCCCUGUUAGCAGUGUCUCUCAACAACCUCUCCGUCUCAAUAGUGGAUUUACAGACAAAGAAUGUGAUUCGAGUUUUCUCUGACCACCAACAUCAAAUAACAGAUAUGACUUUCAGUCCAGAUGCUCGAUGGUUGAUAACAUCUUCGAUGGAUUCACUUGUCCGAACAUGGGACCUGCCGUCAGGAAGGUUGAUUGAUUGCUUUGAAGUGGACACACCUGUAUCUUCUGUGAGUAUGUCACCAACUGGAAUAUUCUUGGCCACAUCCCAUAUUGAUGAUAUUGGUAUCUACCUUUGGUCUAACAAAACACUCUAUCAACAGACAUCACUCUCUGCAUUAUCUGACGAUUUUGUACCAAAGUUAAUCUCGGCACCAACAACUGGAUACGCAGCAGAAGCUUCUUCACUUCCUGAAGAUGAAGAGGAGGAACCCAUGGAUGAUGCUGAAUCUCCCUUCAAAUCACCUGACCAAAUUAGUAAUGAACUUGUUACACUCUCAUUGAUGCCAAACUCUCGUUGGAAGAAUUUAUUGAACUUGGAUGUUAUCCGAUUGAGAAAUAAGCCAAAACAACCUCCCAAAAAACCGAAAGCAGCACCGUUUUUCUUACCCACAAUUCCUGGCCAUGACAUCAAAUUUGCUGUUGAGAAAGAAAGAGAUGAGGAGACAACGUCCCGUAUAUCUGUCGGAUUGAAAACGCAUUUAUCAGAGACGGGAAAACUUUUACAGAAUGCAAACAAUGAAGAUGAUUACUUAAAAAUAUUGGAUGCUUUCAAAGAAAUGGGACCUUCUGCUAUUGACCUAGAAAUUCGUGGAUUUGGUGUGGAAGAUGGUGGUUCAGAGAUUCUCAUGUACCAGUUUCUCAAGUUUAUAGAAUAUCUUUUAGGCUCCAGAAAGAAUUAUGAACUUGCACAGUCUUAUUUGGGGUUGUUUCUACAGAUUCACUUCACCGAAAUUGGAACAAAUGCUAAACUUUGUGAACUCAUAAAACAGCUUCACCAGCAACACGUACAGGUUUGGCAUGAAUUACAAAGACAAUUUGCACAAACGAAUUGCUUAAUUGACUAUUUGCGUGCUGCUAAUUACUAGCAGCUGUUUAAACCUCUCAACAGAAUAAAUAUGUUUAUAUUUUAUAAUUUUA